AUGGCCAUCAAGCCCAUCGUUGGUAUGCUCCGUAGGGGCCUCAUCCUCGACCUUUCAAUUGGUCUCAGUCUUGGAACUGCCAUGGGCAGCCUCUACUGGUACGGAUACCACGUCCCGCGCACCAACAUGCGCGACAACUACUACAAGAAGCUUGAGGACCAGAGGGCUGCUGCGCGUGCUUAG